ACAAAGCUGAUAACUUUAUGUCUCGAGAAUCCCUCCCACUUAGUAGCCUCUUCUCGCGUCCAAUGAUUGUAUCUUUACCCAUUUCCUCUCUGAUACUGCACCUAAGCUUCCAAACCAACAGCACUCCCUCCUUUCAAAUCCAUCCUCCUGAAACCCUCCCAUCUUUUGUAGUUUCUCUGUUCUUGGAAGUAAUCAUGUCUUUUGUUGGACAGGUUGUGUCUUUCAUAGGAGAGUCUGCUUCGUCUUCUUUCUUUCAGUCUCUGUUAGACAAGAUUGAGUGCCCUGAGUUACUGAAGUUUGCUCAUGAGCGGCAAGUUCUUGCUGAAAUUAGGAAUUGGGAGAAAUUUUUUACUGCAAUUCAAGUUGUUCUUGAUGAUGCAGAGGAGAAGCAGAUGGAAGACCGGUUGGUGGAGAGCUGGCUAAGCGACCUCAAGAAUCUGGCUUAUGAUGUGGAAGACAUCUUGGAUGAAUUUGCCACUGAAUUCUUGCAACGCCGGUUGAAGGGAGAACGUCAAGCCAGUGCAAGUAAGCUUCGGAAACUCAUUCAUUCUGUUACUGCUACAAUCAGUCCAGGAACUGUCUUCUUUAAUUCAACACUGAUGUCCAAGAUGGUGGAGAUCACUGCAAGAUUUCAAGAGAUAGCAAAACAGCAGCAAGACUUGGGUUUGAUAAAGAAAAAUGUUGGAGGUACGUCCUCUAGUAAGGUAUGUAUACGACCAUCCAGUACAUGUUUGCAUCAUGAACCUGAAGUCUAUGGCAGAGAUGAAGAUAAGAGGAAGUUACUUGAUUUGCUUUUGAGGGACGAAACAAGUGAUGUGAAAGUUGGAGUAAUACCCAUUGUUGGGAUGGGCGGUGUGGGGAAGACAACACUCACUCGGCUUGUCUACAAUGACAAGGCAUCACAACAACAAUUUCAGGUAAAAUCAUGGGUUUGUGUAUCUGAUGAAUUUGACAUUUUGAGAAUAACAAAGAGCAUUCUUGAGUCAAUCACUUUGAAGUCUUGUGAUCUAAAGGAGCUUAAUCAAGUUCAACUCAAACUGCAUGAGAAAUUAGCGGGAAAGAAGUUUUUGAUUGUUUUAGAUGAUGUUUGGAACAAGAAUUAUGAUGAUUUGAAUGCCCUUUGUUCUCCAUUGAUGUGUGGAGCACCAGGAAGCAAAGUGAUCUUGACAACACGUGAUGAAGCUGUUGCACGAACAAUGGGGAACACUGAAUUUCAAAAUUUAAGCUGCUUUUCUGAUGAACAUUGUUGGUCAAUUUUUGUUGACCAUGCUUUUGGCAGGAGGAGAAUUGCAGAUCCAAAUUUAGAAGUCAUUCAUGAAAAGGUUAUAAACAAGUAUAGUGGCUUGCCGUUGGCGGCAAGGACUUUGGUUGGCCUUCUACGCUCGAAACCAAGGGAGGAAUGGGAAAAUGUAUUGAAUAGCAAAAUCUGGAAUUUACAAGGUGGAGGCAACAGCAUUCUUCCCGUAUUAAGAUUAAGUUACUAUCAUUUGCCUUCGCAUUUAAAGAGGUGUUUUGCUUAUUGUGCAAUAUUUCCCAAGGAUUAUGUAUUUCGAAAGAAGCAAUUAGUACUUCUAUGGAUGGCAGAAGGUUUAAUUGAGCAACAAGACGAUCAGCAUAUGGAGGAUGUGGGUGAUGAGUAUUUUCAAGAUCUGUUUUCCAGAUCAUUUUUUCAAUCUUCAAGCACUGGUGGAUUCAUAAUGCACGACCUUGUGAAUGAUUUGGCACAGUCUGUUGCUGGAGAGACAUGUUUCAGAUUAGAGGAUUCAUCAAUGGUUGGUCAAUAAUUUGAAAAAG